CGCGGGAGCCCCCGCUGGGCAGAGGGCGGAGGACUCUCGGUCCCCACGGCCUGGCCCCGCUCGGGCGCGCUAACCCGGGUGGCCGCAGGCUGAGGGCGGGAUUGGGCCGGGUCGGGAUGCGCUGGCCAGGCUCCUGCGGUUCCCGGUGCAGCCCCACAGCUGCCGGAGCACUGAGCCUUCACCAGGGCUCCAGCGUGAUUGGCGUUCCUCCUUGGCGGAGCAGACUGGAUUGGAUGUGAUAGAAUCUUGGCUUGGUUGGUUUCUCAGUAGCUGGACAGACGGACGGAGUUAAUGUUUAGCUUCUAAACGGCGGUUUACGGUACAAUUACCAAACUACUCGCCGGCGGCGCGGGGGAACAGGAAGUGCCUGCGCAGGUGUAACCGGGAGGAUGUGAAGCCCUGCAAUCUGAGCCUGUUUUGAGGUUUUGUUAUUCUCCUGGGGUUUGUUUUCUCCGUGCAGAUCCCGAUAAAUGCUUGCAAAAACGUACUGCACGUCCUUAUCUGCUUGCGGUCUUCCAUAGCUGGAAACAUAUUCUUUCCUCCAAAUAUAUUUUCAAGGCUACUUUUGAGGGGUGAUGUGCACUUUUAGAUGCUAACUUCAUUAGACACCAGCUCCAUUAUGUUGGAAGUCUGUAGUUGUAGAAGGAAUGAAUCAAGGACUUUGCUUGACUCUACAACUUUCUGAAAACUCGUCUUCUCUCCGUACAGUGGUCGUUGAAGUUAGCUGGCAAAGAUUUUCUUUGAGGUCAUGCUGAUGAAAUAUGGAGUCCUCUUUGCUAACUUCACCUGAAUCAGAGAAAAGCUGCUUCACUAAAGAAACAAAGGAAACAAGUGGCCAGAGGAACCCUGCAGAUGCCAGCUCUGUACCUUGAAUCUUCUGUUUUCAGCCCAACAGACUAAUGACUCACAUGUUAACGAAAAUGGUCUAUUCAUCAUAGAUUUUUAGCAGUUAAAGUUAUUUUUAUCAGUGUGUCCAACUUAACAGAUUUUAAGAAUUAUUAAACCUGGAAGGCCUUGUUUAAAAUCAGUUGCUUUUUAGCUCUCAGCAAUUGAACGUUUACUUUGCUUUUACAUAUGAAAGUCCUCAGAACUGUAGCCCAUCAGGAACAAGAUGGACUUGGAAGCAUACAGCUUUAUUGUGGACUGCAGUGGAAUUAAGUGGACAGCUCGACAUCACCCAUUUUCUUGUCCAGAAUACCACAUAAACUAAGCAUAUUACUUAACUUUAAUGCAAAAGAAGUGGCUUGAAAAUGGCCUGGGUAAAAUUUUUACGGAAGCCUAGCGGCAAUCUUGGCAAAGCUUAUCAAGCUGGAAGCCUGCUGUCCCUAGCCCCUACUGUGGGCUUGUUAAACGAGCCAGGGCAGAACAGCUGCUUUCUAAACAGUGCUGUACAGGUUUUAUGGCAAUUAGAUAUAUUCCGAAGAAGCUUGAGAGCUCUGACUGGACACAUAUGUCAGGGAGAUGCCUGUAUAUUUUGUGCAUUGAAGACAAUAUUUGCACAAUUUCAACACAGUCGAGAAAAAGCACUUCCCUCAGAUAACAUAAGGCAUGCUCUUGCAGAAAGCUUCAAAGAUGAGCAGAGAUUUCAGCUUGGCCUCAUGGAUGAUGCUGCCGAGUGCUUUGAAAAUAUAUUGGCAAGAAUUCAUUUUCACCUGGUGCCAAACAGGGACGCAGACAUGUGCACCUCUAAGUCUUGUGUGACUCAUCAGAAGUUUGCCAUGACUCUGUAUGAGCAGGUGAGGUGCCUGGGUUGUCUGUGUAGACACUGGACUGCUGUCUCGGGAGCGAUGGACUCAGCAGCUUGUGUUCUUCCGCAGUGUGUGUGCCGGAGCUGUGGCGCUUCCUCAGACCCUCUGCCCUUUACCGAACUCGUGAGGUACAUUUCUACAACAGCCCUGUGCAAUGAAGUUGAAAGAAUGAUGGAAAGGCAUGAGCGAGUUAAACCAGAGAUGUUUGCGGAACUGUUGCAAGCUGCAAACACAGCAGAUGACUAUCGGAAGUGUCCUAGUAACUGUGGCCAAAAAAUAAAAAUCCGCCGUGUUUUAAUGAAUUGCCCAGAGAUUGUUACAAUUGGAUUAGUGUGGGACUCCGAGCACUCAGACUUGACUGAAGAUGUUGUUCGAAGUCUAGCCACGCAUCUCUACCUUCCUGGGCUUUUUUAUAGGGUCACUGAUGAGAAUGCCACAGACAGCGAGCUGCACCUUGUGGGUAUGAUCUGUUACACCAGCCGACACUACUGUGCCUUUGCUUUUCACACCAAGAGCUCCAAGUGGGUGUUUUUUGAUGAUGCACACGUGAAGGAGAUGGGAACCAGAUGGAAAGAUGUGGUCUCCAAGUGCAUACGAUGCCACUUACAGCCCCUUUUGCUGUUUUAUGCAAACCCGGAUGGUACAGCGGUCUCUACUGAGGAUGCACUCAGGCAGGUUGUCCACUGGUCACAUUACAGAUCGGGUGAAGAAAACAUGGGAUGUGGAAAGCCUAUCAUUUAUAAACCAGAUAAUUCAAAGGAAAAUGGAUUUGGUGGUCAGACGAAACAGAAAGAAAAUCACAAAUUUCAAACUGAUAUUUCCUCACUUAAUCGGAGCCAAAUGCAGACAAGUGGGAGGAGAGCACCAGUUAAGUUAAGCCAUGAUCAAAGAGAAAAGAUAAAAGACAUUUCCAGAGAAUGUGCUCUGAAAGCCAUUGAACAGAAAAAUGCACUUUCUUCUCAACGGAAAGAUUUAGAAAAGGGACAGAGGAAAGAUACAGGCCGACACAGGGAUUUGGUUGAUGAAGUCUUGGCAUCUUUCAAGUCCGGAUCACCUCCUGCCUCGGAUGGCUUUAGACAGCAAGGGAAUCCCCAUCUCUACCACAGCCAAGGCAAAGGACCUUGUAAACAUGACCGAGCCACCCAUGAGAGCUACACCUCUGGAAAAGUGAUAAGUUCAAGCAAAUCCCAGAAUCUUCUUGUUCCUGGAGAGAAAACAACCGGCAAAGCUAAGAGUGACAGUGGCACUGGAUAUGAAACAGACAGCAGCCAAGAUUCAAGGGACAAAGGAGGCAGCUACAGUAGUAAGACUAAAAGCCGCCACCGUGGCUGGAAACCCAUGAGAGAAACCCUAAACGUCGAUAGCGUUUUUAGUGAGAGCGAGAAGAGGCAGCACAGUCCGAGGCGGAAGUCGGAUAUCGGUAGCAGGCCUAGGUGUAGCAAGGACCAGAGUUUUAAUAACUGGCCAAAGGCAAACCCAAAGCAAAAAGGCUUAAUGACCAUAUACGAAGAUGAAAUGAAGCAAGAGGCAGGAAGCAGAAGUUCCCUUGAAACUAAUGGAAAAGGAGCAGAGAAAAAUCUAAGUGCUGCAGAGAGCAGAGGUCCUGGUACCAGCUGGCAGAUGCAAAGGACAGAGUCUGGGUAUGAGAGCAGCGAUCAUGUCAGUAACGGAUCUGCCAGCUUGGACUCUCCUGGUGUGGAGGGAAGUGGGGCAGUCAUGGAUGUCGGUGGUGGGAAAGCCUUCAGUGAACAUAUUAAGAUGAACAGCCAUAAUAUGGACAGUAUGGAGUAUAUAUCUCAUCAUUGCAAAGACCACCCAGAAGGCUUUAGGAAAGAACUCCAGGACUUGGAAGCAGAUGAUAAAAUUCAUGAGCUCCACCCAGAAUCACAUGUGCAAAUAAAAAGCCAUUUGAUAAAAAGGUCACAGAUUGGUGAAACCAAUGACAAGUUGUUUCCUUCAGCCAGCCCACAAACACUUGCAAGAGAGCAUGUUUACCAGACAAAUGAACACAAAGUAGAAAGACCAGAUAGGAGCAAAUGUUCAGAGAGGCAUAAUACAGAAAACUCUGAGGGAACAGGCUUGCCAUUUCACGUUGAUGAGAGUUCUGUGGCUGGGAAGAGAGUCGACAGUAACGAAACAGUCUCGCCAUCUUCACUGCCUUCAUCUGUGAGAACUGCUGGGCUAAAGCCCGAAACUGGACCCCUCAUGUUUUGGUCACAGCAAAAUAUCACAGAACAGGGUUACUCUGACAACUCUCUGUCCAGAGAACUUACACUUCUGUCUGCCUGCAAUGCUGAUAGUUGUCAGAUGCCAAAACUCCACUGCCACCGUUCACCACCCCCUUUGCCACCAAAGAAAUACUCUACAGCCAGUGCACCAAGGUUAGAGAGAGUUGGACUUAGCCCUGAUGUCGGGGUUACCGAGGCGUUUAACACUAAUCCCUCCAGCCUUCCAAAACACAGCUUGAGUCCAGCCUCAGGACCAAGUUUAGAAGGGAGUCCAUGCAUGACCCAGGAAAGAGAUAAAGAAACUAUUCAAGUGAAGCAACUUGCUGCCAACAGCUACCCGUCCAGUUGUUCAACUAACAGUUUUCAGCCAGAUCAAGACUCUACUUCUGUGUGUCCAAAUGAAACAAUUUCAUUAACUACCUAUUUCUCAGUUGAUAGUUGCAUGACUGAUACCUACAGAUUGAAAUACCAUCAAAGACCUAAGCUCUAUUUUCCAGAGAGCAGUGGCCAUCAUAGUAAUAAUUCACUCUCUCAAACUGAGCAAGUAGAGGGAUCCAUUACAUAAUGGUCAUCUUUCGUCAACUGUCCUUCUGAACAAAGACCUUUAUCCAUGUAAGAUAAAUGAACCAGCCAUUAAAAAUACCAACUGAUAAAAUCUAACUGUAUAAAAUAAAAAUCAGGAUAACAUAUUUUAUGAUAAACUUACUAAAUAUUUUAGAAAUUUCCUUUGUGUGAUCUUGGCGUGCCUUGAAAAAUAAGGAAGUCUAUAAUUACUUUGCUAUAUAACAGUUAAGUAAGCACCGUGUCUCCUAUUUGGUUAGUAAAUGUGUAACUAUUGUACUUCCAGUAUUCAUAUGUAGGCUGGUGUAUUUUGCUAAUUAAGAAAUACAAAGUGUCUAGGAAAGCAAUAUUUGCUUUUGCAGAGCACUUUCUAGUGGGUAACCAAAGAUGGCUAUACCCACAUGCUUUUGACUUCUGUGAUAGUCUAAUACAUGUGAUCCUUCAAGUGUCUUAAAAAUACCCAUGGAUUUACGUGAUCAUCUGGAAAGCCUUUGCCUUAAUGAUGAACAAUUUUUAAUAAUCUCAAAGUCAUAUAAAAUUUACUUUAUUCCUAGAACUUUUCAGAAUAUCUAUUUAUCUUUAUAACUUGUAUCUAAAAAUAUUUCAGUCAUGUAAGUUAAAAAUAAAAAUUUGGUAGUAUAUUAUUUAUUAAAUUAUUUUCUAGCUUUAUAUGAAAUGUGAAAGGUCUUCCCUCUGGUUUAAUUUACUUUAGGCUGCUAAUAACCAAUGUUACAAGUUAACAUUGGGCCUCUUAUUGGGAUGGUCACUGCUGCUUUGAUCACUUAAAGAUUGCUAGAUUGUCAGAGCUUUUACUAUUGAGGCUUCCAGGUUAAAUUUCUGCCUUUAUAUAAAGGUUUAUUCCUAAUGAAAUGUCCUUUUAUUUAUUUUUUUCACUUAAACAGUGAUUUUUGUAUCCACAACCAUCAUGGAGUAGAGUUUAUUUAUUUAAUAUUUUUCAUUAUUUUGAAAGUAAGCUGAAUUGCCUUAUUAGUUUUGAUUUUAUUUUGUAACAGGCUGAAAAACUAACUAGUUGUAGAAUAGUUUCAAAAUGACUACUCCAGAGAAUUGAAAGCUACAAAAUUAGUUGUCUUUAUCAUCUCUCUAAAUGGAGGAGACUCACAAUCAUUACUUUAAAACUUGUAACUUGACGAGUCCCACAAAUUAGUAAAACCCAAACCCAACAUUUGUUUAAGAAAAAGCACUUUUAGCUAAACUGAACAUUGCUUAUAAAAGUGUUGUCAAUUCUUAGCCAAACCCUGUUUUUGUUCUUUUCCAGCAUAAUUGAUGAUCAUUACUUUCUAUUCUCUUAAGGAACACUUGAAUAUAAAAUUAAAAUUCAUCCUUAAAGAUUAUUUUUAACAGCUUUUAGUACGGAGAGUUUGUAAAUAGUGUAAACUUUGUAAAUUGUAUUGAGUUAUCAGUGUUGAUAAUUCUUGCUUUUAUAACAUUGUAAAAUACUAGCAAAGAUCUUGUUAUUUUUAAUAGUUUUUAAAAGAUUUUUAAGUUUAAAAAAAAAUUCCUAUUUGGUCUAUAUUCCCUGUUGGGAAUGUAUCAUUUGAAACACUAACUAAUUUCUGUAUUUUACAGCAGUUUCAUAGAUGUACCUUUUCAACUCAGUGGAGUUUGCAAAGAGAAAUGUCAUUUCUCCUUUUAAUUGAUGCACUUCUCAGUUAUGUAAGACUGACUGAAAUAGAAACUGAUCAUUUGUUGAUUCAACACAGAAUAGAUUCAGUAUGUAUUGGCUAAUUAAUUAUAUGUAUUUCUUUUCUGGUGCCUGUUUUUAACCAAUGUUUCUGUGUUAAAAGCUUGUAACUUCUUAAAUAAUGUAAUCAUGUUUCAAAUAGUUAUCUUCAGAAUGUUAUAUUUUCAUGUGAAAUCAAUUUCUUUUGGCUCAAAACAAUGAGAGAAACUCAAUUUUAAGCAGUAUAGCUGGUCUUUUCUUUGCAUUUAUGAACUGUGGUCCCCUUCUCCACAUUACUCAAUUUAUGGGAAACAUUUUAAAAAAAAAAUUAAAGCUCACAAAUAUUAGCCUAGGAUGUUCCUGAGAUUUACAUCCCGGAGUCAGAACCAUAGCUCUUGGCAGCCACUCUAUAGAGGGCAAGACGUCAAUGGUUUGACUGUGGACAGGCGAUCCCUGGAACAGAGUUAUGGAUUGAAAACAGCCAUAAGCAAAUUGUAAUGGGUGUUAGGGCUGUUUUUCUUUUCUUUUUAAAAUAAACAUCAAUACUAUU